AUGGCCAGUAAUUACCUUCGCCCUUUAACAAACACAAAGAGAGUUAAGUUGGUUUCAACCUGUGAUAACUGUAAAGGUCGAAAGGUAAGGUGUGAUAAAGAGCGUCCUGAAUGUGGCACCUGCAAGAAGACGCGAAGGCCCUGUAGCUACAAAUACGCGGAACUAACUGAGACAAUGAGGGACCAACAAGGCCUUAGAUCACAGCCAGAUUCAACUUUUCUUCAGAACCAACUUAAUUAUUUGCAGGGAGUACAAUUUGGUCAAUUAUUCGAAGAAUCUGGUUUUUUGGCAAUGGCAACACGUGUUCCUGGUGUCGAUGCUGUUGAAAGUAUGCAAAUUCCCGGAAUGCUGGCGAGACCAUUGGUUACAGUUCAGCCAGGGGAUAAUACAUUUAGUAACAUUGAUGGUACUUCAGUAAUCACCGCUGAGGUUCUUCAAAACUCGAUUAAUACCGCAUCAAACAUUCAAAGAACAUCCGAACAAUGUCAAUAUGAUCCAACAUAUUUUAUAAGUCACUCUGAUUUUGCCGCACUUGCACAACAGGUACCCGAACAAGAUGUGUAUCCGUCAGAAACAAUACCUUCAGUACCUCAUUACAUACCAACUUAUGAAGAUACCGUAAUGAAUGAUCUCACAUCAUCACUCAAAAAUUUAAAACCAUUUGAGUCAAGUCGUUAUGUAGGAGAGGGAUCAUUAUUGAUGCUAGACGACGAUAAUAAUGAAAUGAUAAUUCCAAUAGAAACAGAUGAUUUGUCAGUAGUUGACGAUUCUCUCAAAGUUUUACCAAAUACGGAAACAGUUGAACAGCUAAUUCAAUUAUAUUUUAUGCGCGUUCACCGAUAUUUUCCUGUUUUGAGAGCACAAGUUAUUUGGGAUGCUCUAGGAAACUUAUCUAAGCCACAGCAUUUAUUAUUGUUAAACUGUAUAUUUUUUGUCGCAUCACCAUUCCAUGAUGAUCCGGACAAACAAGAUGGAAAGAUUUAUUUUGAUCGAGCAGAAGAACUACUUUACGAAUAUUGCAUACAACCACAUGUUCUUACAGUAAUGUCAAUAAUUAUUUUAAGUCGUCAUAAUAAACAGGCAGGCACUGCAUGGUCGUAUCACGGAAUAGCGACUAAAAUGUUGUUUGAGCUUGGGUUGCACCGCAAAUAUGAGAGUUUAAAACCGAAUUUAAAAAUCAAGAUGAAUGAGGAUGUUGAGCGAUUGAGAAAUGAUGCCUUUUGGAUGACUUUCAUAUCUGAAAAUUUUGUAUCUACAACAUAUGGUCGACCAAAUAUGAUCGACGAAACUGAUUGCAAUAUAGAUGUACCUAAAAUAUCAAGUAGUUUGAACUUAUUUGAUGAACAACUCGAAAUUGCUUACAUAAAUCUAAUUAAUCUAAGUCGGAUUGGCGCUAGAGUGCGGAAAUAUUUGCAUGCAUCAAGAUUAAGAUUCUUGAUGCAAGAUGACCAAAACAAAUUUCGAGUAUUGGAUGCAGCACUAGCAAGUUGGCUCCAUGCACUACCACAAUGGUUAAAGUUUGAGGAAAUUAUGAAAGAUCCUUAUGGAACUUUGUUGAAUGGCGUUGGAGGUGAUAUGCAUAUCUUCUAUCGUACCAUAAUUAUCCUUCUCCAUGGUCGAUAUCUAAAGCCACCUGAUCAAUCUAAUUUAUCUUACUUUUCGGAUUCUUCUGCAAUUUGCAUGAAACAUGCCAUUGUCAUAGUUCAUACCCUUGAAAUAUUAUUGGAUAAACAUCGAGAAUUUUUUGCACUUGCUGUAUCAGGAAAAUUUGCAAUUAAUCCAGCCAUGCGCGUCUUUGCUUGGCAUGCUAAAUAUGAGAUAGAAAAGGCUGAGGAUGGCACUAUUAGAAAAUCCGAAAACUGUAAAAAAUCGGAAGAAAUGAUGAUACGUCUUGAAACUAUUAGGGAUCAAAUUUUGAAAAUUUCACAGGAUUAUGAUCGGGGAAGGUUACAUAAUGAUGAAAGAUUUAAUGAUGGAUUUACUGAAUGGUUAGGUAUAUAUCAACAUCGCAGGAGGAUAGAUAGAAAAGCUAUCAUUCCCCGAGAUUGGGAAUUAUGUAUUGCUGACAAUGACAAACCUUUGAGAAAACAAUAUUCAUCAAUAGCAAAAAAACAAUCAGAAAGACCUUUUAUGAUAGGACAACAUUCGGAUGUAGAGGUUCAACCCGUUCAUCCGCAAUCUCAAGAAUCAAUAAUUGGAAUAAUAAAUCAGAAUGAUCAAAAUCCUAUUUUUUUUUUCUAA